UUAUCACAUUAGUGUAUCACAUUAGUCUCAAAAUAAAAUAAACAUUAUUUAAGCUAAGCUAAUUUUAAAUUUUACUGAAUAAUUCAGAAGUCGUAAACUAUCGAAUAAUUGAAUAGUAUUCAAUAAUUCGAGACUAUUGAAUAGUCCCAUUAGUUUCGAAUACUUUGGAACAAUCGAAUAUUUUGAAUAAUUGCUGGAUUAUCAAAUAGUUCGAUAGUGCCCAUCAUUAAUUUUAAAACACCGAUUUCUUCUAUACAUGCAUAUUUAGUUGAUGUAUGGUUUAUUUUAAGAAUAAUUAUGAUCAAGUCUAAUUAUACUUCUACUGAUAUAAAAUGUCUUCCUGCUAUAAAUUUCGUGCAAAAAAUCGGAGUUUAUGAAUCUAAAAAUAGAUAUUUUGUUGUUGGAUCCAAUAAUGCUCGUUCAAAGUAUCGUAUUCUUAAAAUUGAUCGAACCGAAGGACAUGACCUAACUAUUAUUGAUGAUCGAGUUGAAUAUACCGAACAGGAUAUGAUAAAUUCUUUGAGUCUUGGAUUACAUAGAAAUACUGGUUUGAGUAAAAUAGGAUCAGCAUUUGGCAUAGUUGGAUUCGUUAGACUACUAGAAGGAUAUUAUAUGAUUUUAAUUACAAAACGUCGUCGUGUUGCCAUGAUAGGACGUGAAAUCAUAUAUAAAAUUGAAGAUACAUCAAUGAUAUACUUACCAAAUGAAGCAUAUCGAAUUCCAAAUGUUAAUGAACCACGUUAUUUAAAAAUUUUUCAAAGUGUAGAUUUGUCUAGCAAUUUUUAUUUUAGUUACAGUUAUGAUGUUACACAUACACUGCAGGUCAAUAUGUCUAUUGCACAAAAUAUCCCAAAUGAUUUAUCUGAUGGAGAAUGUUUAUUUGUUACUCGAAGUAGUCCUAAUAAAAUUUUUAUUUGGAAUGAUUAUUUAUUAAAAGAUGUAAUUAACAAAAUACAUCCAGAUUGGAUUUUAAAUAUAAUGCAUGGUUUUAUUAGUCAAUCAAAUGUAUCUAUUUUUGGACGUCCAAUAUAUAUUACAUUGAUUGCACGAAGAUCAAAUAAAUAUGCUGGUACAAGAUUUUUAAAAAGAGGAGCCAAUAUUAAUGGAGAAGUUGGAAAUGAAGUUGAAACUGAACAAAUUGUUCAAGAUCUUGGAGCAAGUUGUCAAAACCAUGUGUAUAUAAGCUCAUUUCUUCAAAUGAGAGGUUCAGUUCCUGGAUUAUGGAGUCAAGAUAUGAGUAAAAUGGUUCCAAAACCAACAAUAUCAUUUGAAUUACAUGAUCCAUUUCAUGAAAUAUCCGGUGCUCAUUUCAAUAAUAUUUACAAACGAUAUGGUUCACCAGCAGUUAUAAUAAAUUUGGUAAAGAAACGUGAAAAAAAGGUUCACGAAUCACAGUUAAGUGAUCAUUUGUUAUCAGCUGUAAAAUAUUUAAAUAAGUUUCUACCUCCCUAUCAUCAAAUUCAGUAUAUACAUUUUGAUAUGGCAAGAAUGAAUAAAAGUAAAAAUGUGAAUGUUAUGAGACGUCUUGAUGAAAUUGCACGUAUGGCUAUAUAUAAAACUGGAAUGUAUAUUAAUUCUCCACGAAUCAUAGAAAAACCUACCUUUGGACAAAAUAAAAAUGGUGUCAUACUUCAAAAUGGAAUAAUCAGAGUAAAUUGUGUUGAUUGCUUAGAUCGUACCAACACUGCUCAAUUUGUUAUUGGAAAAUGUGCAUUAGCUUAUCAACUUUAUUAUUUAGGUCUAUUAGACAAACCAUCUUUAGAAUAUGAUACUGACUGUGUUAGAUUAUUAGAAGUAUCAUAUGAAGACCAUGGGGAUACUUUAGCAUUACAAUAUGGAGGAUCUCAACUAAUUCAUCGUAUAAAAACUUAUCGCAAAACUGCCCCAUGGACAUCACAAGGCAAUGAUAUUAUGCAAACAUUAAGUCGUUAUUAUAGCAAUACAUUUUCAGAUACUGAGAAACAAAACGCCAUAAAUCUGUUUUUGGGAUUAUUUGUUCCAAAUGACAAUGAACCUGCAAUUUGGGAGCAAAAUUUUGAUUACUAUUUGCAUCAUCCAGAAGCAACUUCAUUUAUUUCUAAUGACCAGUUAGUAGUAACAAAUUUGCUAAUAGUUGUUUGUAUGACAAACCGUCUAUUGACAAGGUGGUGGGACAAUUGUUUAAUGGAUUGCUUACCAUUAUCUUAUUUGGAAUGUAAAAAGAAAUAUUUAGAAAUAUAUCCUGCUAGUUCAUUAAAUAUUGAUGAUUAUGACAGUUUUGUUCACUUCUAUAGAACAGAUGAAUUUAGUACAAUGUCUGAAAGUUAUGCUUUUGAAAUUAGCCAUUCUGUAAGAGACUUUAUGCCAAAUUGUGUAACAGAUUUCAGUCCCUUUUCUAUGCGUAUCAGACCAGGUAAGAAACGUGAACAAAUAUCUGACAAAACAAGAAACCCUUCCAUGACAGGUCAUAGCUCUACAAAUUCAAUCAACUCGAGUAGCAGUUGUGGCAGUGGGGAAAGUGAUGAAGAUAUUUCUUUUUCAAAACGUAUUGAAUGUGGAAGUAUUCCUUCAAAAGACAAUUCUAUUACAUUUGAUCCUCUACAACCAGAACAUAGCAAUUAUGGAAUCAAUCUGGCUUUAGCACAACCAUCUGAAAUUGCUAUUUACAAAAAAUAUAUAAUAAUGGCAAUUAAUCCAUCAAGUGUAUUGACAGUGACACCAAGUAGCCAAUCUAAAUAUAAUAGUUCAUUUAGUGUUCCUGUACCAGAAGUUAGUUCAUCAAAUGUAAAUGUAUAUGAAUCAUAUGUAAAUAAAGGUUUAGUAGGUUCACCUAUUUGUAGUAAUAAAAUAAUUAAUCAAUAUACAAAUUAUAUUCAAUGUAAUUAGUUAAUUAAUUUUAAAUUAAAAUUAUUUAUUA